AUGUCUUCCGAGAACAUCACUGACAUUGGGUUUCUCUCUGGCGGCUACGAGCGCUUGCGCGCUGCUGUCGAUCGUCUUACAAAGCAGGACGGCGCCGACAAUGCCGUCCCUACACUGCCGUCGUCAGCACGGGUUCAGGCAGCACUUGCGGCCAUACCCAGGCCAGGCCAGUCUGAUUACCUCCAGCCACGCGGCGCCCGCGUGGCCCAUGACCACAUCCUCGACACCAUCAUCCCUGCGCUCAAUGGCCAAAACUUAAGCGGUCGUUAUUAUGGAUUUGUCACUGGCAGCGUGCUCCCCAUAGCCGAGGCCGCCGACAACAUCGUCACCGCGUUGGACCAGAAUCUACAUGCGCAUCUACCGGCCCAGACAGUUAGUACGGCUGUCGAGGCAGCCGCGCUGCAGAUGCUUGCGAACGUUUUCGGACUGGACGAUGGCGACUGGACAGGUCGUAUAUUCACCACCGGCGCAACGGCAAGCAACGUGCUCGGACUGGCCAUGGGUCGAGAGGCAGUUAUAAACACAAGACUGCGAAAGCGGCGUAGGUUGUCUGGAAAGGGUGUUGACAGUUCCACGGCCUCGCCCGUUGCCGUGGCCGAAUUGGGCCUCCUCAAGGCGUGCCAAGAAGCAGGCGUGUCCGACAUCCGCAUCCUCACAAGCUUGGGUCACAGUUCGUUAUAUAAAGCCGCGAGCAUCGUUGGGCUCGGCCGUGCCGCCAUUAUAGACUUGCCGUACAGUGAGGCUGAACCGUGGCGUCUCAAUAUUUCUGCUGUCGAGCAGACACUCGCAGACGCGUUCCAAUCCCCGGGUGGUGAAGGGCAAACCGGCUCCUCUGUGGCAUACAUCAUCAGCGUUAGUGCCGGUGAGAUUAACACUGGUCGGUUUGCAACGACAGGGCUGGAGGAUAUGCAACGACUACGGGCACUUGCCGACAAAUACGGCGCAUGGAUUCAUGUUGACGCGGCCUUUGGAUUGUUUACAAGAGCUUUGCCCUCAACACUUGAGUUUGCUCGCAUUAGACAAUACACGGAUGGCCUGGAGCUGGCUGACAGUAUCACGUCAGAUGGCCACAAGCUCUUGAACGUUCCAUAUGAUGCGGGUAUCUAUUUCUCCCGACACGCCAGUAUACAAACAGAGGUUUUCCAGAACGCCAACGCCUCUUAUCUGACCGGAGGCGCGAUCGGUCACCUACCCGACCGCGACGGGCCAUUUGUUCCCAGCCCAAUGAACAUGGGUAUUGAAAAUUCUCGCCGUUUUCGUGCGUUACCGGUUUAUGCCGUUUUGCUCAGUGAGGGUCGAGAGGGGCUCGCUGCGAUGCUGGCCCGCAUGGUGCGUUUGGCCCGUGGCGUUCGGCAGAUAUUGCGUAGGUUGCCAGAGUAUGAGGUAUUUGGAGAUGAGGAUGCAUCGCGCAAGGAUGACGAUCUAGUUGACGACACACACAUAGGUGUGCUGUUUUGGGCCAAAGACGAAUCCCUGAACGCUAAUCUGGCCGAGCGCAUCAACGAUUCCCGUCAAAUGUACGUCAGCCCAACGGCAUGGCGCGGCCGGCCAGCCUGCCGUAUCGCCGUGAGCAGCUGGCGGGUGGCCGAGGGAGACCUGCAAGUUGUUGAGGUAGUUUUGAGGAAAGCAGUCGCGGUAGGAGAUUCGUAA